AUGGCAUCUGAUAGUGCAACAACUGAAACAUUGAUUGGUCAUCAAUCUCGAUUAUCUCAUACUCCAUGGCAUUCAAAUAAUGAUUUGUUACAUGUACCCAAAAAAAUUUCAUCCUUAGAACAAUCGUCAACAUCUUCUGAAACAAGUACACCAACGGAUAGUCAAUCAAUCGAUAAUUCUAAUAUUCAUAUUUCGGAUAAACAUUUUAACGGUGAAAAUGAAAUCGGAAAUUUUACUGAAACAAAUAAAGACGAUAAUAAAUUACCGUUAUUAUUAAAUCAGAUAUUUAUUAAUGACACAACGUCGAACGAUGAUGAUGAUGAUGAUGAUGAUGCCAAACAAGAAGAAGAAGAAGCAAGUUCAGAUAUCUUAACUAAGUCAUAUAAGAAUGAUUCAACGUUCGAUUUUACGUCAAUGUCAGAUAAUGUUAAACAAGAACAAAUUAAAAUUCAAGAUAACAGUCUUUUAACAAAUUGUGACAAUCAACAACAACAACAACAGAACUACACUGAUCAAGAUGAAAGUGAAGAAGUAUCCAAAAUAGUGAAAAGGAUCACAAAAGAAACAGAACAGUCUGAACUACAACAACAACAACAACCACCAGCAUUAACUAGUGCUUUUUUACCAUUUGACAACAGUAAUGGUGGUAGUGCGGGGGAUAGUAGUCCAAAACAACUUGCACAACAAGAUUUAAGUUCAUCAUCUUCAUCUUCAACAUCAUCGUAUGAUAAUGGAACAAAUACAUCGAUUGAUAUUAUAAAUUCAUUUAUUCAAUCAACAUCAACCGUUUUAGCAAGAACGCUAUCAAAUUCAAAUAAUUCAACACCAACAACAGCAGCAAAUGGUAGUUCAUCAAUUUAUUUACAUACAAGAAAUUCUUCCAAAACAUUAAAAUGUCCAAAAUGUAACUGGCAUUAUAAAUAUCAAGAAACAUUAGAAAUUCAUAUGAAAGAAAAGCAUCCUGAUCAAGAAACAUCGUGUUUAUACUGUUUGUCAUCUCAACUUCAUCCUCGAUUGGCACGUGGUGAAUCAUAUUCAUGUGGAUAUAAACCUUAUCGUUGUGAAAUAUGCAAUUAUUCUACCACAACAAAAGGAAAUCUAUCUAUUCAUAUGCAAUCAGAUAAACAUAUGAAUAAUAUUAGAGAAUGUCAACAACAAACAAAUAGUUUUAUUUCAACAAUUAGCAGUACUAAUAGUAGCGAAACUCAUCUACAAGAUACUACUAAUUCAUCGCCACCAUUAAUACAACCACCAUCACUAUUAACAGAAGACUAUUCAACGUUUGGAAGUCAAAUAUCAUCAACAAAACAAUCAUCAUUAUUUCGAUGUGAUUCAUGUAAUUAUGAAACAAAUAUUGGUAGAAAUUUGAGAAUACACAUGAAUAGUGAUAAACAUAUUCAGAAUAGUCAGCAAAAAGCGAUAAAAAACGAAAAUUCAACAACAACAACAAUAACAACAAAUGAGGAGAACGAUAAAAGAUCUGAUGAGAAAGAAGUAAAUGAAAUAAGUCAACCGAGAGAAGACGUGAAUGUUGACGAAAAUGAUGAUGAUAAAAUAGAAGAAAAAAAUAAUAUUAACGUUAAACAUGAAAAUGAAUCGAUUUUAGUCAAACCAACAAAUGAUAUAGAAGAAAAAUCAAUUGAAUUAGAGAGAACAUUAACUAGUCCAUUAUCUUGUCCAUUAUGCUCAGAAUCCAUCAGUAGUGUUGAUUUAAUGAAACAUCAUCUUUGUACAAUCCACAAUUGUAGCACUAGUGCAAUAAAUCGGUGUAUGUCACUACUAGGAAUUGAUUUUAAUAGUAUAACAAUGCGUACAACAGCCAAAGAUGUUUUUACAGAUGUAAAGACAUAA